ACAACAGCCACUCCUACAACUACCACAGAGGGUCCAACAACAUCAACAGCCGCUCCAACAACAACAGCUUCUCCCACUACAACCACAGCUGCACCUACAAUUACCACAGAAGCUCCAAUAACAACAACAGUCACUCCUACAACUAGCACAGAGACUCCUACAAGAACCACAGCUUCUCCCACUACGACAACAGCCACUCCUACAACUAGCACAGAGGCUCCAACAACAACCACAGCUUCUCCCACUACAACUCCAGCUGGCCCUACAACUACCACAGAGACUCCAACAACAACAACAGCCACUCCUACAACUACCACAGCUUCUCCCACUACAACCACAGCUGGCCCUACAACUACCACAGAGGCUCCAACAACAACAACAGCUGCCCCAACAACUACUACAGAGGCUCCAACAACAACAACAUCCGCUCCCACUACAACCCCAGCUGCCCCUACAACUACCACAGACGCUCCGACAACAACCACAGCUUCUCCUACUACAAACACAGCUGCCCCUACAACGAGCACAGAGGCUCCAACAACAACCACAGCUUCUCCCACUACA